AUGUCUAAAGUGACGAAAAAUCCGAGUAAAUCUACAAGAAAUUCAUCCGCUAGAUCAACAGGUUCAAGCGCUACUGCUAGACACAUUAGACCCAAAUCAUCAAAUGUAAAAUCAACUGGGUCUAAACAGUCAAUACCAGAGAAACCAAAGAAAGGUUUAGAAUGGACCUUGCCAGCUUACAGUGUCUGUCCCAAAUCGAAAGGAGGACUAAAUUGGGAAGCCAUCCAGAAGAAAAUGACACGCAGAAAUGCUCCAGAAGGCGAAGAUAUCAAACAAAUCAAAGUAGUCCUUAAAGAACUUGUAAAUAAGAAAAUUCCAGUUCACGACUAUAUAACUUUGAUAAGUCCCUAUACGGCCGAUAAUGGGACAGAGCUAAGAUCUGUAUUUACAGAAGACAUACAGACUUUCCAAAGAAUGGUUAAAAAGGUUUAUGAUACAAUGACGCAAGAUGUUAGUGAUGUUUUGAUGAACGACCAAGUCGCCGCUGUCCAAUUCUAUCAAGAAAGAUACGAUUUGAUGAUGGAUAAAAUGAUGCGAGCUAUAAACGAAAUCUACAGUAUGGCUCCAGAAUUCGACUUCGAAAAAUAUUAUCAAUUAAAAAGCGAUUAUUUAGAAACAAUUUUUCCAUUGCCCGAAAAAGUAGAACAUGAUACAGAUACUCUUGAGAUGCGCAAGAGACAAGAAGCCUACCACAGAUUACAAUGGCUAAGGAAUGAAGGAGAAAGAAUGUCUGAAGAAAAUAAAAGGCUGCAGGCUAGAUUAAACCUGCUUAAAAACCAACAAGAAAUUGAGCAAAUAGCAGCUCAAGAAGUUCAAGCAGUAGUAGAGGCACAACGUAUCGAGCUAGAAAAAGCAGAAAACAAAAUGAGAGACCAACUCGACCAAUUAAACGAAGACGUAGAGAGAUCCAUAAUAGAAAGCGAAGAUCAAGAAGUUAGAAGCAAGAAUGAUACAUAUCUUGUUGACGCAACGACUGCAAGAGCAAAAGAAGAUACUUUAGGAAAGAAAAACAAACCAUCGCAAAAACAGAGAGAGGGAUGGGUAAAUAACACCGCUCGGGAAAUGGAAACUACAUUUACUAAAGAAGCUGUUGCUUCAGAAAGCACAGCUCGAGGACGGCCACCCAAUUUACGAAAAAUGAGGAAGAAAGAUCCGGAUCACAGCUACCAUCCUGCUGCAACUGCGGCAGGCCCAAGCGCUCCUCGCGAUACCAUUAUUGAAAGAAGCACUGUUACUAACCGAAAAAGGAGAACUGGACCAACACCAAGUCAAUCAGGAAGACGCGGUUUAGCAACUAGAGAUGCUUGGAGGUGA